ACUAUAAGAAGAGACUGAACCCCGAGGAGCGAGAAAACAUUUGAACCAUAGCCGAGCGAGGAGGAGAGCAGAGAGGGGAGAGAGAGGCGAGGAGAGAGACCCACAGAGGAGGAGAGAGACCUGGAAAACGGCAAUGCGUCUCAGAAUGAAGACUUAAAUCGCGGUGAUUUGUUUUUUCCUUCCUUUUUAAUAACCCCCCCAAAAAACGAUAGUGCGGUCCGACGUCGCACUCCUCUUGCGCCUCGGUGUCACCCGCAGAGAAAUCCUGGAUGAGCGCGAAGUGUCAGCUUCAGCACCUGAGGAGAGGACAGCUCCGCUCUGCGUGCUCCUCCGGACCUCCUGUCCAAAAACUCUGCUUCAGCUUUUCAUGUCAACACUUCCAGUCUGACACUCACAAGUCUGGAAGAAGUCUAAACAUCCACUGACGGAGAGAUCCGCGACUGACUCUAUGCUCAAUAUGUACCAGGGGCAUUUACAGGGGAAAGACUCUAGGGCUGCAGAUAAGACUGUUGCCAUGGUCCUGAAGGAGAUACCAAGUAAGGCGUCAUCAGAAGGGAAGCCCCUCCUCACAGUGACUACCAAGCUGGUGAGUGAGCAACAAGAGAGCCGCCCGCUUCUGAGCCCUUCCAUCGACGAUUUCCUCUGCGAGACCAAGUGUGAUGGGCUUUCCCGCCCAGUGACUUCCAACACAGCUGUUCUGUCAUCAACACUGGACCUUCUGGAUCUCAGUGAACCUGGCGAAAGGAGGAACAGCAAAGACAGGCGAAGUCCCCUGUCAUCUCAGGGCAACGGCCAGAGGAAUAACCCUCACAGGAAGAAGACGGAUGAGACAGAGCUGAUCCAAGUGGAAGUUGAACAUACAGGACCAAGCAUGAGAACCCCAGAGAGGGCGUCACUAGACUCGGUCACCAUUGGUUCACCGCUGGACAAAUGGGAGGAGCUAAACCCCAACCCUGAGAGGAACGGCAACAGAAAAUGGAAGCUGGAGAGACGGCGUUCUUCUAAAAAUUCAUCCAAUGAGUUUCUGUGGUCCAUAGACUGUAAAACCCAAUUAGAGCCAUCGAAUAAGAACUCCUUGGAAGUAAAUACCAAAGCUGAGCCAGAGUCUGCCCUAGCAUCUCAGCUCAACAGGCAGUAUAUUAGUGGAAGACAUGCUCGCCUAAGCAAGGAGCAGCGCUGGGGCAGCGCCCUCCUGUCCAGACAUCAGUCCCUGGAGGAAGAGUUUGAGCGAGCCAAGGCUGCUGUGGAGUCAGAUACCGAGUUCUGGGAUAAGAUGCAGGCAGAGUGGGAAGAACUCGCUCGGCGGAACUGGCUGACGGAAAACGAACAGGCGCAGAUUCCCUCAAGUGUCUCUCCACAUGAGAAGGGUUACUACUUCCACACAGAUAAUCCUUAUAAGGACUUGCCUAAUGCAUUUGAUGAGGGACUAAAGAAGUCACGAGAAGGAGACUUGCCAAACGCUGUGCUUUUGCUGGAAGCAGCGGUCUUGCAGGACCCUCAUGAUUCAGAGGCUUGGCAAGUGUUGGGGACCACGCAGGCUGAAAAUGAGAAUGAGCAGGCUGCGAUUGUCUCCCUCCAGAGGUGUUUGGAGCUCCACCCAAACAACCUUCCAGCCCUCAUGGCUCUGGCAGUGAGCCUGACCAACACUGGUAUGCGCAAUGAUGCCUGCGAGGCCCUGCUCCACUGGCUGCGACACAAUCCAAAGUACAAGCACCUGCUGAAGGGCAAGACCCACUUGAUGGGAUCCCCAAACUCCCAACGUCGGCUGUCUUAUGCUCCCAACAGCGGCAGACAUGAAAGCUCCCUGCAACCCGAGGUCAAGGAGCUCUUCCUGGAAGCAGUUCAGCACAACUCUGACAGCAUCGACCCGGAUUUGCAGACGGGGCUCGGGGUGCUUUACAACCUCAGCGGAGAAUUCAACAAAGCUGUGGAGGCCUUCAAUAGAGCCCUGUCGGUGCGGCCUGAGGACUACUUAUUGUGGAAUCGCCUGGGGGCCACGCUGGCAAACGGUGACCGGAGUGAGGAGGCUGUGGAGGCUUACACACGAGCCCUAGAACUUCAGCCGGGGUUUAUCAGAUCCCGCUACAACCUGGGCAUCAGCUGUAUUAACCUGGGGGCGCACAGAGAGGCGGCCAGUAACUUCCUGACUGCCUUAAGCCUGCAGAGGAAAAGCCGGAGUCGCCAGCAGUCUCACCAGGUGAUGUCUGGAAACAUCUGGGCUGCUCUCAGGAUAGCUUUAUCCAUGAUGGACCAACCUGAACUCUUUCAGGCUGCAAAUAUUGGUGAUCUGGAUCUUCUCAUGCGGGCUUUCAACCUAGACAUUUGAGGAAUGCGAGGUAGUGACAAUAGCAUCUCCCCCUUCACUUACUCUUCGAUUUCUACCCAACAGCCAAAAGCCCAAAGUGCACACAUCAGAAUGGACUGGAUCGGAUGUGAGAGACAAUAGUGUGGUUUUUAUGCACGUCAAAAUUAACUACAGUCGUCAAAGUUGUUAUUUUUUCCGCCCAAGUACCUUGGAGCAGUUCUGAGGACAGGUUCUUCCAAGAGCUUGAAGUGACUGCUUUGUGAUGGAUUUGCACUGCAAUUUGUGAUUUCCCUGAAGAGCACAAGGAAGGGCAAAUAUUGUACGAGCAAUGCCUUAGAGAACACAUCAAUUAAAAACUGACUCAUCCAGUGGAACAGAGCUAAGCCAGGAGAGACAGACAGACAGACAGUUUGAGAAUCUCACAGAGGAACCCCUCACAUGCUGUUUGCGGAGAAAAAAAAAGAAAAAAAAAGGUUUUGCUACCUAAUUACUUUCAAAGACUGAAGACUGUCUCACCCUCCUGAAGGAUGGAUUUAGUGAGCAAAUGAUAAAGACUGCACCGUAUGACCUGGAAACUCUGUUCCCGGCUUGUUUUCAUCCUCUUUCAAUGGAGAAUAAUGAUACUGCAUGAAUAAGCAUUUUCAUAAAUGGAUUCUUGUUUAAAAUGAUCAUACUUUUAGAGGUUUUUCCCUUUGCACUUCAGACAAACAGAUAACUUCCUCAACCCAAGUGGAAUGUGCAAGCCAGGUUGUUAACGCCUUACUUAAAUGCAUGCGAAUAUUUAUUUAUACAGUUUUUAUGGCAACAGAAAAACACUAAGCCAUUUUCAGACUGGUUUUUGGUUUCUUUAAAUAACUGCCGUUUUCUGAACUUGAAAGCUUUCUGAGCCAUUAUCUUUUGUUUUGUUGGGUUUUUGGUCUCGGCUCCUAGCUUUGUUCCCUUUAUGCUGACUGGUUGGAGAAAUACGCACAAAAGCUGGGCAACAUUGAUCAAUAAAACCCGCAUUAGUGUGGAAACUUUCAAAGUUUCUCAUAUAUCAUCUUAAGCUCCCGGGGACAGCCUCCACAUUUGAUGUACGCAUCAUACUCUCAUUUUCCUAGACUGUAUUAAUUUCAAUACAGUAUAAUAACAUUACAAAUAAAAGAUGUGUAGCUACAAGCCAAGCCCUAAGAGAGAUUGGACCAUUUCCUAAUGCAGUCAUUUGUAUAUUUGCUGCACCUCCACAGGCAGCGAAGCUCAUACAUUUAAUUAAAUCAGUUUGCCUCAGCCAUCAUGCAUGAUUUAAAUAUUUAUGUAAGCUUGAGCAGAAUGAUGCACAUAUUUGAAAAGCUAUUUGUCUUACCAUCUGCAAACUGCAAUUUACAUCAUGGUAAUACCAAACAUCACGUCAUACACAAAACACUUGAUUGUAAGAAGCCAGUUAUUACAGAUAAUUCACCUCAGCGGCAAAGCUUCUUCUUAAAACAUGCUUUCUGGUAAAUAGCUCUCCUUGUGUCGUUGUUUGAAAGCCACUCUGUGAAGCGAACACCAUGUUCCUCGCCGUGCAACAGAGUAAAUGAUAGAUAAUCUGCUCUGCUGUAUGGCUCAGCACCUCAGUGUUUUUAACAGGCGUAUCCACAGUCUGGGUGUGCUGCAGAAAGUAGGUUUUUAUUCUCAGAUCCUAUGCAAAAGGUCAUGUUUUAUGUUGCCAUUCGGAUUUGUCAGUUUGUCCCUGUCUGCCUCAGAGUGAACCAAAAGGAAGUGGUGAUUCUGUUCUUUGGAAAGAAUGCUAUCAGGGGAAAGCAGAGAGCAGUACGAGAGCCAUUCAUCUUCCAAACUGUACAGCUUUGAUGUCAUGGUCUGUAUUAAGAAGAAGUGUUUCAUUAGGAAACCGGGGGAGAACAAAAACAAGUGAGAAACGUGGUCAGUGGCCAUUUAUACACACAUACACGAACAAUGUCCACUUAAAGUGUAGCCUUCAUGUUUUAUAACCCUGUGCUGUAGCGAUAUGUCUUUGACCUCCGUUGCACGCUCUGAAUUAACCGUCGUACAUCAAGCUUUGCUGUCAGUUACAUGUUUUAUUUCACCAGUCCACUGCACGUUCUCUUUGAAACUCACCUCAGAUACCCUCAGAAGGAAACUCUCCUCUUUAAGGGAAUAACUAGAGAAAUGUAACUUGUUGUCGAGCCAGUUACAUUAAUGUGUUAUCCACUGCUACUUUCAACAUAAGAUGAUAUUUUAGGCUGGAACAGAUGUGUAGCUACUGCUGUCAGAUAUUUAAAAUAGUUGGCAGACAGUAUCUGUGGCCAAUCAUGAUGUUUAAUAGAUCAAGGAAUCAGACGAACCCAGAGAGACGCAGCACAUAUGUGCAUGCCGUUCACAAUCUGCAAUGGCUAUGAGGCUAAUAGUGGUGGAUGCAAAAGCGUAUUUACGCUCGUAGUGCAGCGUUUUACUGAAGUAACAUGGGUGAUAUCCAGUAGUCCAUCAGUGUUAUCCUGUUGAAUAUUUCAUCAUCACUGAAUUACUAAAUAAGUUAUUUCCAGCUAUGCCAGCAGCACAGUUUUUUUAGAUGGAAAUGUCAGUCUGUCACUCCACCACUUUGGUUCAGACUGAAAUAUCUCAGCAACUGUUUGAUGAAUUUCCGUGACAUUUCUUACAGGCAUUUAUGGUCCCCUCCCUCCCCAAAGGAUCAAUUUUAGUUAGAUCCUCUCACUUCUGCUCUAGCACUACCGCGAGGUUGACUGUUUUGUUCUUUAGUGAAAUGUCUUGUCAGGAUGAAAUGUAAUGACUUUAAUGAUCUCCUGGCUUUUAAUGCUGCGGUCCAAAUUUAUAUUUAUCCAAUACUUUGUUGUUGUUGUUGUUUUUAUUUGAAUACAUGCUAAAUGAAUGAAUUAAUUCUCAUCAGUCUCAGCUGUACUUUGCGUUUACUGCUAAUUAACACAUAUUAGCAUGUUCACACCUAAUCUAAUAUGGUGACAACCAAAACAAACUAUUUGUAAUAGAUCCCUGAGAGACUGAAGAGAGACGUGAGAGUUAUUCCUCAGGCCAGUAUCCCUCCAUUUUUAAAUAUGAACACAUAUUCUGUCCCCAGUCCUUCCAGCUGUCUUUUGUGUCAACAGUGAACUGUAGAAACCCAAAACACGAUGUCUGUUAAAUUGUGAUUUCCAAAUCGACUCUAGUUUUCUUAUGAGGUUGUAGGCCUUCGCUUUUUGCAUUUCAAGAUACUGUAGUUGUGUUAAAAAUCAAAAACUUAUUUUUUUAAAGAGACCUUAAAUUGCUGGCUUAAAAUCUAAACUUCUACUGUGUACAUAAUACUGCAGUGCAUUGAGAUAGGAUGCCUGGUGACAGUUUUUGUUUUUGUAGAACUACCUACUACUGUACCUUCUCAGGUGAACUGACCUAUCUUAACGCAUGCCCCUGAGGAACAGAUCGAGGUUGAUCGCAUGCUAGAUUCGCUGCAUUUAUUUUUUUUCGAAUGCUCUUUUCGUUUGUAUGCAUGAAAUACAUGGAAGUGCUUUCCUUUUCUCCCACUAACGUAUACAAAAAAAUAUAUCAUGAAGUUUCCUUGCAAUAUUUCUACAAUGCACUUUUAAAAUCUGUAACACUGACAACAAGUGAUGUAUAUAUUCGGUAUAUAUUCUACACAAGAUGCUUUUUCUUGCAUAGAACUAGCGAGUGUGCAAAGCUCGAGCAGAGAAAUGAGAUGCCUGAGCUAGAAUACUGGCACAUUGCUACAACUGGCUAACUAUAGAUAUAUUCUGUAGAAAUUUUGUAAUUAUGACUUCUACAAACAUAAUGUACUGGUAACACUUUAAAUAACCCCUAGCCUAUAAAGCCAUCUAUUGGUUGUUACCCAAAUGCUUUUUAGUGUUGAAACUUGAUCAUGCUUAACGUCAUAUCAAUAAAUUCUUAUGCACACAUUCAUAAAGCUACUGUAAACUAUUUUAUUUAUUUAGUAUUGCAUGCUGUAAAUCAUUGAAGCUUCAUUAGCUAUGGUUACACAUGUAGACAAAUGUGAAGUUUAAUAUGUUUUACAACAAACAACAAAAUUCAUCUUACCAUAAUAAACUUCCACAAUAACA